AAGAAAGGCCUCAUCACCCCCACUGAAAAUCAAAGGCAGCUAAAAUGGCUUCCGUCCUCCAGCUUAUCUUUGCUGUGUUACUGCUUCAUAUCUUUGCAGAAAUCGUUGCGAGUCAGCCAUGCGACCUCACCAGCAUUCAGGUGCAGCAGAACAACACAGGGGCCAAGGUCGGGUACGAUCCAGUGUUUGAGGUGGAGGUGAAGAACUUGUGCCGCUGCAGCGUCGCGAGCGUGUUCCUGCGAUCGGAGGGUUUCGCGAGCUCCAAGCUAGUCGACCCCAAGCUGUUUCGCCGAGAGGGGAACGACUACCUCGUCAACGAUGGGAAGAGCAUCCAAAGCUCACUCUCUGUCAAGUUCAGCUACGCAUGGGACAGGGCCUUCAGGAUGUCUGCUGAAAGCUUCCAAAUUCAAAAGAACUGCAAAUGAAGAGGCAGCAGAGGAUGAUUACUGUAAGGAAAUAAUAGUGAGCAUCUCCAUGGAUCAAUCUUGUUAUCUGUUACUGAUGUUGAAGAGGGAGUUAGUUCUUUUACGUGUGAAAGGUAAUAAACAUCUGAUUGGACUUUUGGCAAACUGUCUCAUAUGGAUCAAUAAUUUGAUGAAUUAGUCAAACUUUUGUUCAUGGAGCUGUUGUUUUUGUUUCCUUUUUGACAAAAAUAGAUGUUUGUGAUA